AAAUAGAUAAAGCAAAAGACAAAGAUAGUAGAAGACUUGAUAAGCAAGAAAGAGCAGCUAAUAAUUAAUUAGAUAGAAUUAUCAAAUCUAAAGAUUUAGUUAAAUUAUUAAAACAUUAAAUCAAAAACCCACAUAUUAAUAAACUAACUAGUAGGAUCAAGUAAAAUAUUAAAAAUGUCUUUAAGAAAGGGAGAUAAUAAAAAAUCUGGAUAGAAAUAUUAAAAUAGAACAGCUUUUAAGAUUACUUUUGAUACAAAAGCUAUUGAAAUUCAUUAGAGAGUUCCUUUAGAUCAUUUGUGCUAAAGAUGUAUCGAUUAAAUUAAAUGGAAAAUGCAAUACAAUAAAUACAAAAAGUCAAAUACAGAAGCCAGAUGUGUCAAGUGUCAAUAAAAAAAUAUAUUCAAAAGCUAUCGCCACGCUUGUGAUAAAUGCGCAAACGCCCAUAAAAUUUGUGCUAAGUGCUUGACUCCUAACGAAUAAUUAAGUACCAAUCCCCAAGAAGAAUAGAGAAAAGAAGAAAGAAUUCAAAAGGAAAUGGAAGAUUAUUUAUCUAAAUUAAGAGAAAGAACAAGAAGAACUCUUUUGAGAAAAAUAUAAAAGAAUUUAGUUCAGUGGGAUGAUGAAAAGAAAAAUUUCUUUGAAAUAGAAUCUGGUUAAUAGCUUGACAACCUGAAAUUUAAAAAUACUGAUGAUGUAGAAGAAAUAGAUGAAGACGACGAAUUUGAUGACUUUAAUGAUGAUGAUUUUGAAAACAACGAUAAUAAAGCAUCUUCAGAAAAUUAAUAAAAAGAUAAAAUUGAAGGAGAAAUACCUACAUAAGAAGCUAAGAAAAACUAGGCUAAUAUAGAUAGUGAUGAUGACGAUGAUGAUAGUGAUAGUGAUUGUGAUUUCUGA